ACGUACAUGUCAAGAUUAUUUUUCUUGGGAGGUUUCCUGAAUGCGACAUAACAUAGUUAUGUUAUCUAUUGCAAAUAAGGUAUCUCACCUCACUUGUUGUGUUUGUCUUCACGUCUAAGAAAAAGUCUUUGUAAUAGGAGCUUAGUAAAGAGUUUUCGGUCUGAUUAACAUACGUGAUGUGCAAACACAAACAAAGGUUUUCCUAAAGUGGUAGCGCAGUCGGUUGCGUUGAUCUGCACGGGAAUCUUCACAGGAAGUCGCUGCAAGUUUGCUUCCUCUGUGUUUGAGUGUGCGGUCAAGCUUCAGUGCUUUCCUAGACGACAAAAAUUAAGGGACGAAGACAACACGGAGCCAAGUAAACGUAAUUAUUGAGAUUGAUUUUGAAGCUGGUGCGAUCUAGUUGAUGGUGUGGUUAACAAAGUAUAUUCGAGAUGAAUUACUGGCCAGUCCUUGCGACGCUUUUUUUCCAAGCUUCUUUGCUCUGCGAGGCUGUCACAAGCAGGAACAGUUCGUGCAAGAUCGACCGCGAAAGUGGGACUACCGCGAUAUGUACCAUCGCAAAGUUACAAGAGCUGUCGACGAUUUUGCUUAACCCGAGUGAUGUGAAAUCUUUGAGUAUCUUCUCCAGUGAUCUGGAAACAGUUCCUGAUGGAGCCUUUAGCAAUUUCACCAGUCUUGUCAAUUUGAGUUUGCCUUUUAACAACAUCCGUGUCAUAAAAGGUGGUGCAUUCUCCAGUCUCAAUCAUCUGCAACGUCUAGACCUCUCUGGGAAUCAGCUGAUGGAAUGGGAAGGAAAUUUCACGAAAAGUCUUCCGUCUUUGAUGUUCUUGGAUUUAGCUGGGAAUUCCAAAUUCUUACCCCCGACCCCUCUACUCAAAUUGCGCAUGCUCAAAGAAAUUAAGGGAGUGACCUGGAACGAGUUUUGUGGUAAUUGUUCUUUGGAGAAAAACUAUACUCUGAAGGAAGGCGAGUUUAACAAUAAUGAUGUAAACAUCGAGACUUCUAAACUUCAAAAAGGAGACUAUUUGGUUGGUAACAUGGGACACUGUCGAGUAAACAGACUCCAGGUGAGCCAAGAGGUCGUUGAAUAUGCAAAACAUGGAUUUUUUCCUCAAUGCCUCGAAACUAAAGCUUGUUUUGACACUGAAAUUCGCGUCACCCCCUUACACCGUUGCUGGGAUAUCGAUAAUAUGAUCCUAAGGGUCGAGUUCGUAAUCACGCCAAUUGCCAUGAUCUUGAAUCUUACAGUUAUCGUGGUGACAUUAACAACAAGAGCACUAAGAAGGAAUGUGACCAUGUUUCUAACGAGCAAUAUGGCUCUUAGCGACUUCCUCGUCAGUCUUUACACUCUUAUCUUGGUCAGCGCAAGACUGAAGCCUUACACAGAGUUCCUGUUAAUCAUGGAGAACCUCUGCAAUGCUCUCGGGUUUAUGUGGCUCUCCAGCGUAAUUGUUAGCAUCAAGACUUCCAUCCUUCUCACCAUAGAGCGGUAUUUGGUGAUAGUGUAUUGUAUGCAGCCCUCAAUACGAAUCACACGGAAGAAAGCGCUCAUCCUUGUGCUACUCACAUGGUGUUUGGGCGUGAGCAUCGCUGUUUUGCCGCUGGUCAAUAUUUCUGUUUACGACGGCAAUACAUUCUGCAUUCCUAUUCGCCCGAUAAAAGACAUUCCACAUUCGUACGAGCUGAGUAUUGGACUUUCCCUUUGGGGCAUAGUUCUGUACUUCACCACCAUACCUUUCUACAUCAGAGUUUUUAAAACUGUGAAGAAAACAGGAAAAAAGGCGGGAAUCAAAAGAGACGGUACCCUAGCAAGGAGAAUUGGAGCUUUAGUCCUUAGCAACAUGAUCUUUUUCUUAGUACCGAUCGUUAUCGCAUUUCUGUGGCUUACAACAAACAUUCAGGAGGUGAUGUCGCCGCAAAGUAGAGAAAUUCUCACAGGCGUCCUGCCAACUGUCCUCUUUAGCUUUAACUCACUCAUCAACCCCCUUCUUUACGCCUUCAGAACAGAGAAAUUCAGAAAAGCCGUCAAAAUUAAGGUAGAUUACAUAUGUCUUCGCAAAGGCCGUAGUUCGUCAUUGACAAGUUCGCUCUCUGGCAAACUACGAGGUCCGACUGUAAGCUCCAACAAUGGCGAUUGCAGUCCUGACUCGAGGCAUUUACGCAGCGAGUUAAGCUUGGCGAAGAUAUAGUUUUCCAUAUGAUAUGGCACCGCUCUCAAGAAACUUAAAACUCUACGACGUCUCUAUAGAGAGUGUGCUUUCCUCUCCUCAAGCCUCCUCAGUUUAAAGGCACGGUGGCUUAUUAAAGACUGGAAACGAGUAUGAAUCCAAUACUGGUUAGAUGUGAUUCAAUGAUGAAGUGAACAAGUUGGAAUUUACUGAUUGAAGAAAUAUUAUAAAAAUAAAGUUUUUAGCUCAUUUUUACAUUUCAAAAUUAAUUUUGGAAUGCAGGACUCUAUCUUGUUGGAUACAAAGUAGACAGAGUUUGCAUUUAUUUUUCUUAAGGUUAGGUAUUUUUUUCUAAAUGCUGAUUUAUUCUAGUUCUCGUUCCUGUAAUGGAAGCGCGGUAGGCCUGAAAAGUUGAACCAAGUCGGUCUCUGGUUACUCAAGACUUGGUUUGCGUAGAAUACUGUCUCGCAAUUGAAAUCAGUGCACGGUUCAUCUUCACGACAACAAGCGCAGUGAGUUCUGAGGGUAUUUAAAGCCAUUCAGCAAACGGAAUAACUUUGUGAAUACUUAUUUACUAAGCUGAACAAGUUUACUUGAUGUCUGAAGUAAUGCAAAGUUACACGGGUUUUCAUUGGUCAGAAAACUCGCGCCAGCAGUAUUUGUCCCAAUCUCUCAUUGGCUACCUUUGACAUUUUUUUUUCUUCUCAACCUCGUUUCCAGGGGCUUCGCCCCAUCCUAAACGAAGGGAAAAGGUCCUGGGAACGAGGUUGCUCUCUGCUGAAAGGCUGUUGUGAUGACGACACUCAAUAUGAAAACGGUCUGGUAAUGUUUACGGCGGGUGGCGUUAUCCACCUGUGAGAUAAAUGCGCUGAAAUAUAGCCUUUCUAGUCGUCCAGUAUUUAGGUCUAAUACGUUUAUUAUCGAUAAUGGUGAGUUACUUAUCGUUAGAUCGCCCAGUUAGAACCCUUGGAGGACUAUAACGUAGGUGAAUCUGUAGGUCACGCAACACGCACUCCUCUUGUAACAUUGCGUAACGUGACCAAAUGACAACUGCGAACUGAGUCUAAUAGGAGCUUUGAUCGAUGGAGAUAUAAAACAAAUGAUGAUAUGCCAUUAUGAACGAUAUGAAACAGGUGAAAACUGACGUAUAGUUUGAAAAAUCAACAUAAAAUUAAAUUAAGUCGCGUGGAGUCUUGUAUGCUAUUAUUUCAAGAAUUAAAAAGUGAAAAUGUCUGUCAGUUCUUG